UUCCCAUUUCGUUAUUUAUUUCGCCUGUUGUUAUUCUGGCAAAGCGAUUAAACCGAUUUUCAGUCAGAUUUCUGACGAAUACAAAAGUACAAAUGAAGGAGAAACGUAUUCUACAACAAAAGGCUCUACAGUAAGAAAGGCCUAAUGGCAAGGUGAAACACUACUAUAUAAAGAGCAGAAAUGACUAUCUCCUUGGUUUACUGAGGGUAUGGCAGGCCGCCCACAUCGUGCAAUAGAUUACUGUGCACGUUGAUGUUUCAUAAUAAGUGGUUUCUUAAAAAGUGACAACGGCUACAGAAGCUAUGUGUGUUAACUGCACAUGAUAGAUAUCUUAUUUUUUAUGUACUUUUCUUCGUGUUACUACUAUUCUCUAUGAGCGACUCCUAUCUUUGUCAUCUUUUUGCAUUUAGACAUAAGACAAAGCCAUAAGCUUGUUAAAUUCUAUUCCAGUAUUAUAUUUGUAUGAGCAGCACUCUCUGCUGCUCUAAAUUUGCUAAUCGUGUCUUGGGCCCCGUGACUCUCAACAACCAAUCAUCUUUUUGCCCGACUGGUGUGUUUGGUUUUAACUCCCUUUCGUGCCGUCAGCCUUAUGCUGACGUAACUCCUCAAUGGGCUUAAAGCGAUGGGCGUCCUUGCUGGAACAAAGAGUAGACAAAUCAAACAUCUAGACUCCAUAACAGCGUCUGCUGGGCAGCAAAACCUGAUCGCUAGAAACGCUGUUUUUCUGCAUUUUUAGCAGCCGUUCCUGUAAAAUAAACAGGAGGUUUUGCGGAAUAAGAGGUUAUUGUGCAUUCGGUGUAAUUACACAGUUCAUGCGAGCGACUGAUGUAAAGCAGAAACGGUUAUAUGAUCCCCUCCUCCCUAAAUGACAAGGAGGCUGCAUAGCCCAGAGGAAAACAUUGAUUGCAUAAAAGACCUGCAGUUCCUGUUGCCAAACUAAUAUUGAUGGCUACCAGUGCCAAGAGACCUUCCCUGCAGGGUCCGGUGCCCCCCCCUCGCAAGAAGACGGCCCCCAAACCAGAGCUGACUGAGGAGCAGAAGCAGGAGAUCAGGGAGGCAUUUGAGCUGUUUGACACUGAUGGUUCUGGAUACAUCGAUGUCAAAGAGCUCAAGGUUGCGAUGAGAGCUCUGGGGUUUGAACCAAAGAAAGAAGAGAUCAAGAAGAUGACUGGUGAAGUGGAUAGGGAUGGCACAGGGAAGAUCUCCUUUACUGACUUCCUUACUGUCAUGACACAGAAAAUGGCUGAGAAGGACUCCAAAGAGGAGAUCCUGAAAGCUUUCCGCCUUUUUGAUGAUGACGAGACUGGCAAGAUCUCAUUCAAGAAUCUGAAGAGAGUAGCCAAAGAACUUGGAGAGAACCUCACAGAUGAAGAGCUGCAGGAAAUGAUAGAUGAAGCAGACAGGGAUGGGGAUGGAGAAGUGAACCAGCAGGAGUUCCUGCGCAUUAUGAAGAAAACGUGCCUGUACUAAAAGAGGUGCUUGACAUAAGGGUUGGUGAUACAGUGUCAAGGCGAGCAGUGGUGGUGUAAUACUGCUCCCAUUAUCUAGUUCUCUCUUGAUGCCAUACAUUUUUACUUGUGUCAAUCAAAAGUUGUAGUCACAUACUGCAAUGUAAAACUUGUACCAAAAGUUUGGUCAGAUGCUAAAUUCUCCUCAUUUGAUUUACAUGAUAAUCUACACUUGCCAAACACAGUAAGAGAUGUUUGAAAUGCUGCAAACUUUUAUGAAGAAUACAGUGAAAUUAAUAUGUAAGUUACUGUCAAGAAAUUUCUCAGUGCCUGCCUCAGUAGUGUGACAAAGUAUAUUUCAAUGUUUUGUUUGACAGCAGUUUGUGUAUUAUAUCUGCACAGUGUUUGAUUUACCACAGGCAGUUCCAGUUUCCUCUUGUAUGCUGGUUUUCCAUAAAUGCUUGUAAUGUGAGCAGUUUCUUAACCGCUGGUAACAGUGAAAGUACAUUCUCACUUCAGUACUACCUGUAGAUUUGUGCCUGUGCCUCUUCAUGGGGUGAUCAUCAGGGAAGCUGCCUGACCCCUCUGACCUGUACACCUUCCCUUGCCCACUAUCUUUAAAAUAAGAUUGAUUGUAGAUAUAUUCUUGUAGCAUCAAGUGUUUAUCUUUCUGUUGUUUGUUUGCACCUGUGUAAAUGUUUGCUAUAAUAUAUGGUAACUUAAGUACAUAUACAGCAUAUUAGUAUUUAAAAUGCAAAUUAAAUAUCCUUAAGCAGUUUGAUUUGUUCUUUAAGCUAUUAUACACUUCCUUUAUAAAGUAUUAUCAGUGAACAGCUUGGCCGUCUUUUACCUUUUAAAAACUUAGGUUUCAUUGUGCUAACAUUGUUUGCAUUUGAAAACCAAUUAACAGGGAGGUUCUUCUGCCUUACCGCAGCAUACUGACUCAGCUUUCCAACCUUACCGUUUCAACAACCAAGCAAAUUCAAAGCAUGGUGUAAUGAAUGUCUUGCCGUGCUGAACUGGAAGAUAUUGUUCUUCUUGUUCAGACAGCUCCUUAAACAAAUUCUGCUCAGACCUUAUGGCUAAGUUCAGUUGUUUACUUUGUUCUCGUUAUAUCUUUUACUGCAGCUCCCGUGAUCAGUAGUCAUAGACCAGAAGUACUGUAUGACUGACAUACCAAGAUUGUACAUGAUGGUGAGAGCUAGAUCAACAGCAUCACUGUGCGGGCAGCCAGAGAUGAUAGCUGAGCAUGACCACAUGAACUGAAAAGGGUCAGUGCAGGCUGGAGAGCUAGGAGGAGGGGCAUUGUUGUCAUAUUGCAGUGGAUAUCCAUGACAUGAAGCACCCUUUGAUCUGCUGCCCAUUGUUUAAGUUGCUAUACAGUCUUUAACAAUUAGCUAAGCCUAAAAUAACAGCUAAAAUUACUUUUACCUCAUGCCAAGGUGCAAUGCACCCUCAUGUUUCAGAGUUGCUCUUUGUCGAGCAUUUCCAGUGCGACAUGGUAAGGCAGCCACACGAUCUAACUGGUUUCAUUUCUAGUGCUGACUCAACCCAAUCUUAUGUGCCACUUUACUUGGUUUCAUGCCAGUGUGUCAGACCUCAAGCUGAAAAUCUCCUCAUGAGCACUGAAUUAGUCAGCAGCUAGUGUUUGUUAUAGGAUAUACCAUUUACUUAUUGAUACAAAGGUCAGGCAUAAUAAUACAUCUGUACAGAACUGGAUAAUAUUUGUCAUUAUUUGCUUAAGAGAAACCUGGGAAGCAAAAGCAAUUUCAUUUACCAACCCACAUUGCCAUAUUUCUGCAAAAUAUUUACACCGAUGGUUAAAACAUGGACAAAUAAAGAAAAAGAAAGAAGUUCUAUUUCAGAAAGCCAUUUUGCAACCCAAAUUUUCCCUUUGUGCAGAAAAACCUAAGCAGAUUAUGCCACUACUACUACUGAAAUGGAACCUAUGCAUCUAUGAUUGUCAUUUAUGACAAAAACUGACUCGCAAAAAACAUAUUCUGUGCCAAUUAUAAACAAAGAAUUUAACUAAAAUUAGGGCCUAAAUAUUCUGGAAUAAUUUUUUUGUACAUAACUUGACAGUUUGCAAAUGUAUGCAUUAUGCCAGAAGUUCUUGGAAGGUAUAUAGUCACAAUUUUAAACUUUAUUCAUAAAGUUCAUAAAAGCAAAAUAAAACUAGUUAAAAAUACGGAACUAAUCAUCUUUACCUAGAUAUUGUUACAAUGCCAGAUACUUAAGACCUCAGGUAUUAAUGACGAGAUAUUGAUUUAACUGUCUGACACUGGCUCAUCUACACAUAAACCAAACAAUGAACACAGACGCACUUAAGAACACAAACAUACUGCUUAGGCUCAGCUUUUCUAAUUGAUAUAGAAAGUACAAGAAAAACAUAACAAUGAAUUGAAUAUUAAUAAUCACAGCUUCUCACUGAUUCAAGUCUAGCUGACAGGCAUUUCAGAAUGUGGAAAGU